AUGACGACUAAUGAGGAAGUCUUAAAUGUAGAAAAAAUCUUGACUGUACUUUCUAACGAAGACGAAUUUAUUUUCAAACCAUUUCAACCUGAAUCGGCAAAUGAAAUCGGCGCAAUAGAAUGUGGAAAAAUUGUAUCAAGAGUAAAUAAAGUUUUAUUUGAUUAUCAAAUUGGUGAUAAAACAAAUCCAUCUAUACUGAAUUCCGUAUUUUCUCAAAGAAUUAUUUUGACUAUGCCUGAAACUAAACAAGUAACUUGA